GUCGGUAGUCAUCAGUUGGCCAUUGUGAGUGGAACGUGACAAAGCAAAAGGACGAUGCGAUCGAUUCUGGCAGUGACCGUGGUUUGCCUGUUCGCCACGGCGAGCGGCAGCUACAUGACCAAGGAUGUAACGUACGCGGAUAAACCACUGCUCGUGAAGCAGAAAGCCAUCCUGGAGAUAUUCCAGCAUGUUCACCAGCCCGAGCUGCACACCACCCUGUGGGAGGACUCCAAGAAGUACGACGUAGAACAGAACAUUGACCACUAUACCAACCAGGAGGCGGUGAAGGAAUUCAUCCGCUACUACAAGCAUGGUUUGCUUCCGAUGGAGCAGAUCUUCUCCAUCAACAACGAGCACCAGCGCGAAGAAGUGAUUGCGCUGUUCCAUCUGUUCUACUACGCCAAGGAUUGGGAUACCUUCUACAAAACCAUGGUUUGGGCGCGUUUCCACGUGAAUGAGGGCAUGUUCGUAUACGCCUUGACCGUAGCUGUGCUUCAUCGUUCCGAUAUGCAGGGUAUCGUUCUACCGGCACCGUACGAAAUCUAUCCGUACUACUUCUUCAACGAUUUCGUCAUCAGCAAAGCUCAGCGCUACAAAAUGCAAGGCUUCUACAAGAUGAAGAAGUUGAACAACGUCUACACUGCCUACAUCCCAACCAACUACACCGGAUCGUACGUUCACACCGGACCUGAGCAACGUGUCGCGUAUUUCACGGAAGACAUUGGUCUAAACUCAUACUAUUACUACUUCCACGCCGAUUAUCCCUUCUGGAUGGGUGGUAAGGAAUUUGGCCUCUACAAGGAUCGACGAGGCGAGUUCUACCUGUAUCAGCACCAGCAACUGCUGGCCCGUUACUACCUGGAGCGCCUCGCCAACAACCUCGGAGUCAUUCCUUCCUUCUCCUGGCACAAAUCAAUCAACACCGGAUACAACCCGUUCCUCCGUUAUUACAACGGCAUUCCAUUCCCGGCACGCAAUUACUACUACAGUGCCUCCGUCGACAAGAGCUACAUGAUCGAGCAGAUCGAAGACUACGAGCAUCGUAUCAUGGAGACCAUUGACUACGGAUUUGUCGUUCUCCCUGAUGGAACCCAUCUGAACAUCUCUGAACCCGCAGGAAUCGAGUACCUAGGCAAUCUGAUCCAAGCCAAUGAAGACAGCCCCAACACUCGCUUCUACGGCAACCUUGUAACCCUCGCCAAACUCUUCUUGGGUGGCUCGUACAAACACCAGGACGAUUACCACUACGUCCCGUCCGUGCUGGAGAAAUACGAAACCGCUCUGCGUGAUCCCAUGUUCUACCAGUUCUAUAAGCGCAUAAUGCACUACUACUACCGCUACCUUGAUCAUCUCCCAUCGUACAAGAAGGAGCAGCUCAACUUCCCGGGUGUUAAGAUCGAAAACGUCGAAAUGGAUAAACUGGUGACGUACUUUGACAAAUUCGACGCCGACAUCACGAACGCCGUCGAUGUGGAGGUGUUCGACGAAACAACCAUGAAGUCGAGCGAUAUGAAGAAAUUCGGUAAGAUCGCCCACUACCAGGGAGAGGACUUUGUCAUUUAUGCGCGCCAGCCACGAUUGAACCAUUUGCCGUUCACCACCAACCUACACGUUACCUCUGACAAGGCCCAAAAGGCCCUCGUCGUAAUAUUCAUUGGACCCAAGUACAACGAGUACGGAAACGUGUACGGAGUGGACGAAAACCGGGAGAACUUCUUCGAACUUGAUCAUUUCCUGGUGGACUUGGUCGAGGGCAAGAACACGAUCACUCGCAAAUCGCAAGACUUCAGCUGGUUCGUGAAAGACCGCACGACAUACUUCGAACUGUACAAGCAGGUCAUGCAGGCGUACAGUGGUGAGGGUAAGUUCCCGCUGGACAUGUCCGAGGCACACUGCGGCUUCCCGGAGCGACUGAUGCUGCCGAAGGGCAAGAAGGGUGGCAUGCCGUACCAGUUCUUCUUCAUGGUCACACCGUACCACGCCCCGAAGGUGGAACGCUUCACCGGCUACGACCAGACCCUGUCCUGCGGGGUGGGAUCCGGUGCGCGCUACAUCGACGAGCUGCCGUUCGGAUAUCCGCUCGAGCGCCAGAUUGACGAGAGUGCCUGGUUCACACCGAACAUGAAGUACUACGAUACCAUGAUCUACCACAAGAGCGAGACGGAGGUUAACUCGGUCGUCGUUUAGAGUAUUAGACUGCCAUUCCGGGGGGAGAGAAAUGUUGAUUAUCGCUGUUAACGGUUUGUGGAUCUGACAAAUAAACGAAACGACACAA